AUGUGUGGGGAAGACGUAGAGAAGCUUGUGAAUGACAGACUUCGAGACAUCAAGACUGGUGGAAAUUUCGAAGAUGUACGAAAGGAGGUAGACCAGGCACACUCUACGCCUUUCACUGCCAAAAUCGAGCAGGUUGCUCCCCCGAAGCGAUUCUCAACACCCACAUUCACACACUUCAAGGGGGAUUCCAAUCCUAAGAGCCAUCUAAAACACUUCAAAAGUGUCAUGAUCCUCCACAAGGUCGAGGACGCGCUGAUGUGCAAGGUGUUUGCAAUGACCUUCUUCAAGGAGCUGACUUACGUAUUCACCAAAGAAUACACCUCUUACCGAACAAUUAAGAAGAACUCUGACCACCUGUAUAACCUGCGCAAGAAGUCCGACGAAUCUUUUCGAGAUUACAUAAAGAGAUUCAAAGCAGAAAAGGCCAACAUUGUAGGAUGUGAUGACCAAAUUGCGUCCUCUGCUUUCAAGAAAGGCCUUUCGGCUAAGCACGACUUGUACCGCGAGCUGACCAUCACUCCCAUCCAAACUCUGGCAGAGGUCUACGAGACCGUGGAACGCUAUGCGCUUUGGGAUGACGAUCGAAAGGCCGCAAAUAAGUCUAGUAAGCAGGAAGAUCAGCUAACUAAGGGGGCAGGCCAAAGAAGCGAUGGAUUUAGCAACAGGGAUAUGGACAAGCGGAGGUCGUAUCCACAAGGGGAUGCUACGGCAGGAGAGAACUACACCAAGUUCACCAUCUCUAUACAUCAAAUCUUAGCCCAAGUGAAGAACAAACCUUGGGUAAAAAGACCACCACCCUUGAAAGGAGAUCCGGACAAAAGGGAUACUAGCAAAUACUAUGCCUUCCACGAAAUGCACGGACACACUACGAACAACUGCUUCGCUUGGAAAGCGCAUCUUGAAGAACUCGUAAGAGAAGGUCACUGCAUAGAAUUCAUUGCAAAGAAGGCCAUCCAGCGGAUAGAAGAUCGUGACACCGCCAAAGAGCCGCCCCAGAAGGUCAUAAGAAUUAACACAAUCCUAGCUGACUCCGAGGAGUCUGGGCUGACCAGAAAGGAAAAGAAGAGGAAGAUCAAACAGGCCACUGUGAUCUCCCAAAUCUCGACCGACCUUUCACCAGCAGAACACGAUCCUGUAAUCGGCUUCCAAAAGAAAGAUCUGAUCGGCCUCGACAUGCCAUAUAACGACGCCCUUGUCAUUAGCAUUCAAAUUGCUCAGGCCAUGGUCGACCGAAUCCAUACAGACGAGGGCAGGGCAGCCAAUAUCCUGCAACUGGCGGUCAUUCAACAGAUGGGCUUGGAGACAAAGAUCAACAAAUUAGCUAGGUCGCUGACCGAUUUUAAUGGUGCAACAACGGUUACGUGGGCAUGA